CUAGCGCCCGAACCGUGCUCACCAAAGCUGUCAAACCUCACACCGCUUUUCAUACGCACCGAGCCGCAACUAUUUCUGCACCUCCAAGUCCAACCAUUGAGCGUAAUGCCACCGAGAAGCGUCUGUCUCAACGUCUUCACCACCAGCCUGAGCAAUGCCAUCCCCAAGGAAUCCAAUGUCUGGGUCAGGGAGGUUGACAGCGAUGUCGACAUGAAAGAAGAUGCUACCGUCACAGAGAGGGCAAGGCACGACAGUCUUCAAAGUUCUCCCAAUGAAACUAUGAAUGCUGCCCCGUACUCGGUUGCGGAAUCUACGACCACCCAAUCUUCUUCAAUGCCCUUCACCAACAUUCAGACGUCUCUUACUCCCGAUGGCAUCACUACCCUCAAGAAGCAACACGCAGUUUUGUCGUCCGUGGCCAACCCCCAAGCGUUGGUAUGCGGAACUUGCGGUCAAGCACCUGCGCCCGGCGCUUCUCUUCAGCGCUGCUCUCGCUGCAAGGCCGCCUUUUACUGCUCAAAAGUUUGCCAGAAGGUAGCUUGGAAAGUCCACAGGACUGACUGCGGCUCCGCUUCGGCCAUCGCCACGCCCAACAUCUCCGUCCCCGGAAGUCCCACCGACAUGCAAGGGUCCUCUCCCACGGUCAACACUUCCUCGCCCCCGCGCCGUCUCCCACAGUCCACCAGUGAAUGGGUACAGUCCAGCGGCAAUCAAGGGAAGCUUCAUCUCUCAUCCGGCGACAAUGUUCAGUAUGAGAACCUCAGGGACCUCUUGGUCUGCGGAUAUUGGGUUUACGCAAGCGAAAACGGCGGAGUCGCUCUCACACGCGACGACAUGCUCGAAGAAUUCAAAUGUUACGUCGAUGCGGUUGGCGAACGCGUCAAAACCGGUGGUAUGCUAGACGGAAAUACCUACAAGGACCAGAUGUACGCCGAUCUGGUGAACUCUCUCCAGGAUGGAUCCUCUCCGCUUCUGAAGAACGUUACGCCUGCCGAGGUCCUGGGCCAUUACGGUGAUGAUGUCCUCCAAGACAUUGAUCAGAUCCGAACAGUGGUGUACGGCGCCUAG